AUUCUCUCUGGAACUGGCUAAUAAUUCUCAGGAAAUUCUGGAAGAAACCAGAAAUAAAGGGGUGGUGCUCGCCCUAUAUGAAGCUUUGAGCUCACGUGACGUUGAUAAGGUCCAGAAACUUCUGGCCUCUGACCUUGAGUGGUGGUUCCAUGGUCCACCUUCACAUCAAUUUUUGAUGCGCAUCCUAACUGGUACUGCCAACUCGGACCACUAUUUUUUCAAAUUCAUUCCUCAGAGUAUUGACGCCUUUGGAUCUACUGUCCUUGUCGAAGGCUGCGAUCCUGAUCGUUCUAUUACUUGGGUUCACGCUUGGACUGUUAAUGAUGGGAUAAUUACUCAGGUUAGAGAGUAUUUCAAUACCUCUCUCACAGUCACUCGACUUGACAAUAAUAAUAAUUCCCCUUCAUCGGAUUUGUCUUCCAUUGCUCCUUCACGGCAUUGCCCUUCUCUUUGGGAGAGUAGUCUACCUAAUCGGGUCGGUAAGUCGGUUCCGGGUCUUGUUCUGGCUCUCUGAGUUCCGCGAGGAUGUAAGUUUAACGAUUGAUUUGGGGGUUUGCUUUGCUUUGGGUUGUUUUGUUUUUAUUUUAUUAUCUGCAAUUUUAAUUUGCGACCAUGAUGAAUGGUUAUGGUGUUGUAAUAUAUUAUUAUGUGAUACGGUGUAUUUGGUUUGCAAUAAAUGCACUUCUUGGUUUAUUAA